UACUGGCUUCGUCUGUACGCUUUUUUGGCAGGAGGUGCUGAACACAGCAACAAAUCUAAAGUACAUUCGACCUUCUUUUCGGGAAAUAACAAAACUAUUUCUCACAAUAUUUAUAUAAAGCCGAACAUAAAAUUUAUACUGAAUAUUUAAACAACGUUCCUGCUGCUUAAGUGCCCAAACGUACUUGUUUCACUUGACAUCUACGAUUUCAAGGAGUAUAUUCGGACAAAAAUAUGAGAAAAAGAAUGAUGGCAUGGCAGUAGCAGUGGUGGUCUAGUUGUGUGUGAGCCGGUGGACGGCUCUGGGUCUGGUGUAAGAGGGUUGGAGCGAGGAAGAGUUUGUGGAGAUGAAGGUGGGACAGAAGAACUCAGUAUGUAUCCUGUCAAGUCGAGAGCGAGGAGCACGAGGCCUUGCCUCACACAGGAUCCUACAGCAGCUUGUAGAGGAAAAGACACAGCGCAUGAAAUGGCAAAGCCAGAAAGUGGAGUUACCAGACAGCCCUCGCUCAACCUUUCUUCUGGCCUUCAGUCCAGAUAGGUCUUUAAUGGCCUCGACCCAUGUGAACCACAACAUCUACAUCACAGAGGUUAAGACCGGAAAGUGUGUUCACUCUCUAGUGGGUCACCGCCGGACACCCUGGUGCCUGACCUUUCACCCUAGCAUCCCUGGCCUUAUUGCUUCUGGCUGCCUGGAUGGAGAGGUCCGAAUCUGGGACCUGCAUGGAGGCAGUGAGAGCUGGCUCACAGAGAGUAACUCAGCAAUUGCAUCCCUUGCUUUCCAUCCUACUGCUCAGCUGUUGCUCAUUGCCACCAACAAUGAGCUACAUCUGUGGGACUGGAGUCGGAAGGAGCCCUUUGCUGUGGUGAAGACUGGUAGCGAGACAGAGAGAGUCAGGUUGGUGAGGUUUGAUCCGUUGGGUCAUAAUCUUCUAACUGCCAUUGUAAACCCUUCAAACCAACAGAAUGAUGAUGAUCCUGAGAUUCCAAUGGACAGUGUGGAGAUGCCUCAUCUCCGUCAGCGCUCUUUCCUCCAGUCCCAGCCUGUAAGACGCACACCUAUCUUGCACAAUUUUUUGCAUAUCCUCACUUCCCGCAACUCCGUCCCUCAGGCUGGAGGCACUCUCGCUGCUUCCAGUGAUGAGGCGUCUGAUUCGUCUGGGCGUUAUGCUGUUUUGAGGGCUCGAUCCCGGCUGCCGUACCAUGGUUGCGUUCAGCCACUCGGAGUAGUGUGUUUCUGUAGCCGUUGCUCAUCAACACGGGUUCCGUCUCCGCCUGACGAGGACCCUUCAGACUCUGCCUCCCUGGAGGGGCAAUCACACGCAUCCACCUUUUCUUCUGCACGCACAGAGCCGCGAAUACCACGGCUUCCCACUGAAUCUUAUGCUUCAAAUCGGCCCUCAGCAUUUAGCUGCGUGUAUGGUGGCGGGAGCAACGUGCGGAACAUUUCUUCUAGCUCUGGGAGGAGGGGAGUGUCUGGAAUGGCACCCAUCCCACCUUUCCGGCAGCAACCACCAGGCAGGGAAGAUGGAAGCCGUCUCCCUGGGGCAGAUUGGGUAGGCUGUGUGCUUAAUGGACGAGGUAGUAGUAUGACUCCACCCAGAACCAGCGCUUCCUCUGUCAGCCUGCUUUCUGUCCUGCGACAGCAAGGGACUUCUAGCCAGUCACCUGUUUACACCUCAUCUAGUGAUGGAUGGGGCCUUCCUCGUAGCAGCGGCAGCACAUCAGGGACUAGUUCUAGCGGGCACCGCCCACCAGAGGAAGAGGGCCACAGCAGCCCUUCUUCCAUCCGCAGUGUUCUUCAGUGUAACCUUAACCGCUAUUUCAUGGAGUAUGAUCGAAUGCAGGACCCUGUGCAGCCUCAAGAGGGCAACAGACAGGACCAACAGACUCAGGAAAUGCUGAAUAACAACAUGGACCCAGAGCAACCAGGUCCAUCUCAUUACCAGCCACUCUACGGUGGCGAAAACCCUUCACGCAGUCACAUGAACCGCUGUAGAGUCUGUCACAACCUUUUCACCUACAAUCAGGGCACUAGGCGCUGGGAGAGAACAGGUCAGGAGACAUCUGCUGAGAGAAAUGCAGCUUGGCAACCUACAAGCCCUGCCCUCCACAGUGUAGCCCCAGUCUCUCAUUCUGAUCAUGACCUACUUGAACACAGACCCAUGGAGCCCAGCCCAGACGCCCCAGAGCCUCAUAUUCCCUUUUCCCGCAGCACAGCUACUGGUCAGCACGAGGAGCAGACCGUUGGGCUGGUCUUCAACCAGGAAACUGGACAACUGGAGCGUGUUUACAGGCAGUCUGCCACCUCUCGCUCAACAAAUGUACCACAAGAAGCCUUAAACCAGGAAAUGCCUGAAGACGCGCCGGAUGACGAUUACUUACGCAGGAGGCUGCUGGAGUCAUCCAUGAUGUCUCUUUCCAGAUACAACGUCUCUGGAUCACGAGACCACCCCAUCUAUCCCGAUCCGGCCAGGUUGUCCCCUGCAGCAUAUUACGCACAGCGUAUGAUCCAGUAUCUGUCUCGGCGUGACAGCAUUCGCCAGCGCUCUCAACGUCCCUCCAGCAGACCCCGACCCCUGUCCUCCAAUCCCAGCAGCCUCUCCCCUGGCCCUGCACCCAGCGUGGAGAGCAACGAAGUUGACUUUGAGGAGUUUGAGGACAAUGGAAGCAGACAUAGGGCUCCUCGUAACGCACGCAUGUCUGCCCCCUCCCUUGGUCGCUUUGUGCCCAGGCGGUUCCUCCUGCCAGAGUUUUUGCCGUAUGCUGGAAUCUUCCAUGAGCGAGGACAGCCGGGCCUGGCAACACACUCAUCCGUCAAUAGGGUCCUCGCAGGUGCUGUAAUUGGGGACGGUCAAUCUGCAGUGGCCAGCAACAUAGCUAACACAACAUAUCGUCUCCAGUGGUGGGACUUCACCAAAUAUGACUUGCCUGAGAUCAGUAAUGUGUCGGUAAAUGUGUUGGUGCCCAACUGUAAGAUCUACAAUGACGCGAGCUGUGAUAUCUCAGCAGACGGGCAGCUGCUGGCUGUGUUCAUUCCCAGCAGUCAGAGGGGUUUUCCUGAUGAGGGCAUCUUGGCUGUGUACUCCCUGGCCCCACACAACCUGGGAGAGAUGCUCUACUCCAAGAGAUUUGGUCCAAAUGCCAUCUCUCUCAGUUUGUCUCCGAUGGGUCGUUACGUGAUGGUGGGUCUGGCGUCUCGCCGCAUCCUGCUGCAUCAGAUCACUGAUCACAUGGUGGCACAGGUCUUCAGACUGCAGCAGCCCCACGGAGGAGAGACGUCCAUGAGGAGGGUGUUUGAUGUGGUGUAUCCAAUGGCCCAAGACCAGCGGAGACACAUCAGUAUAAAUUCUGCACGCUGGCUGCCAGAACCGGGGCUUGGGCUUGCUUAUGGAACCAACAAAGGAGAUCUGGUCAUCUGCAGACCUGUUGAUGUACACUCAGAUAGCAACGGCACUUCUGAACACUCUGAGAGAAUAUUCACCAUCAAUAAUGGUGGAGGGGUUGGAACCAGUAGCAGCAGGGCUGGAGACAGAGCAGGGAACAGCAGGACUGAUUGGAGGUCCCACAGAGAGAUAGGUCUGAUGAAUGCGAUUGGUCUGCAGCCACGACAUCCUGCCCCCACUGUUACAUCACAGGGGACGCAGACACAGACUCUGCGGUUACAGAAUGCAGAGACACAAACAGACCGUGACCUUCCAGAUGAACCUCAGCUGCCCAGCACUUCUCAGGGGUCACAGGUUACUGAUGCCGCAGACACCUUGGAUUUAGAGAUUCUUCCAGAGGAUUCUGGGUCUGAGGUGGUACCAGAGACGCCCCCCCACAGUCGACCUCAGGAAGACGAAGGGUCAGAUCUCACUGAACCCAGCACAGACAGCACAGGUCAGGCUGAGUAUGUUUCUCAUAUCCGAAGGCUAAUGGCUGAGGGAGGGAUGACAGCGGUUGUCCAGCGUGAGCAGAGCACCACAAUGGCUUCCAUGGGCAGCUUUGGCAACAACAUCGUCGUCAGCCACCGAAUCCACCGUGGCUCCCAGACAGGAGCGGGCGCACAAAGCCAUACUGGUUUGAGCCCCACCCCUGGGUCCUCCUCGACUGCCCCUGAGACUUUGGCUGGAGCUGCAGGUUCGUACUCCCGCGUCCUCUCCAGCACGCUGGGGCUUCAUACCGGCACCACUCGGGGCACCUCUACAGACAUAGACCUAACGCCCCUCGUAGAACAGGAAAGACUUCACACGUCCCUCCUUUCACAGGAGUUUUCACCUGUUUUCUCAUCUGCUCCAGACAUAAAUGGACCUUCCGCUUCCAUGCAAACAGACAAUGUCUUGGAGGGGGAGGAGCUCCAAGACUUUGCAUCCCUCCCUCCGUCUUUACUCUCAUCCUCACCCUCUCUUUCUCCAGUGAAUAACAGUAACUACAGCAACAGCGAUAGUAGUUAUCACGGAGACCAAUAUAGGCGGUAAAAGCGGCGGAGUUUGGAGAGGAAACCAACAAUUUGAAACCAGCCAAGAAGAGAAAAGACCACACAACAGAAAUUUCCGGAAAUAUUUGCGCUCGACCCAUGUGUUCCUCUCUCUUCUCGCCAUCAGCGUUCAUAUGUCACAUCUGCUCUGACACGGUCUAGUGAAUAAUGAAAGGACAAAAAAGUAGUAGUUUCCUGCUCAGCUUAAACUCUGCAAUGAAUUCAGACCAUUCCAUGUUGUACGUUAAUCAGCCUUGCUGAAGUUUCCAGUGGGGGUCUUUGACUGCCUGUUGUCCAUCAUGAUCAAAGUGUAGAUACACGUACAGAGUAAGGAGUGUGAAUAGCAGAGAGACAGAGCAUCGCUUUGCAAUCAGUCUUUAGUCUGUUGAGGAACAUUUGUUCAACUAAACGCUUUGUUCCUCUACAUCCUCUUUCAAAUAAAACAUUUUGGAUUCCAGUUGGGAGCUGCUGCUUUGAGCAGAAAGGUAAAAUUUCCUUGGACAGGCCAGUAGUCCAAAAAGAUUCAAAACCUUGUCACAUUCUGAACAACUUAAUUAUAUUACUGUUGGUUAGUUUAUCGAGUCAUUGCUGUUUUAGAUGAUGACUGGUGCAUUUUAGUUCAGGUUUUUAUGAAGUUGAAAAGACCACACCCUUUUUUUAGGCCUUUGGAAAGAAGGUAAGAAAGAAGACAGAGGUGUACACAAGUUUUAUAUUUUGUACUGUAUAGUUUAAUUCUGUGGCAUUAAGGGGUGAGAAAAAAAAAAAAUUUCUGUCAUCAUUUACUCACCCUCAUGUUGUUC